AUGUACGUAAAGGCAGCCAAACUCCAAUCCUCGACACAACGCAAGUCCCUACUUACUUCUGCUGCUAAUGGGAAUAAACAUGCGACGGGACGUCACUACUCGCCGGUGUGCAAAUUGGAGUGGGUCUCGCGGGAGGCAGGACGGUCGGCCGGUCAUGCAGAGAGUCUCAUCUCUUGCUCUAUGGAUGGAAGAAUCACCGAGUGGUUCACACUCAAGGGUUUCGAUUGCACCGACCUGAUGUUGCUGAAGAGGCCCAGAUUAAAGAUUCCGAAUUACGCAAUGAAGAAGAAGCACGCGGAGGCGCUCAUUGUUAGACAUGCGGUCGGAACCGCCCUCUGCUUCAACGAUCUUGAUCCGAAUAUAUAUCUUGUUGGUACAGAAAAUGGCCAAAUCCACAGAUGCUCGUGCUCAUACGCUGAACAGUAUCUCAACACCUACAACGGUCACACUGCAAGUCUGAUGCAUAUUGUUGUUUCCUCCGUCUACGCAGUGAAGUAUUCACCCUUCCUGCCCGAUGUCUUCCUCUCCUGUUCUGCUGACUGGACCGUCCGACUUUGGCACUCAGAUCGACAGAAAUGCUACCUCAACAUGGCGACUCACUCGUCCGCGGUGAACGACUUAACGUGGUCGCACAAUCAUGGAGCCGUCUUCGCCUGCACCAAUGAAGGCAAUUUGGAAAUUUGGGAUCUCGAACGAUCAACGAGGAAGGGAUCACAGAUGCUGUCUAACUUUGUUCACUCGUUUUCCGAGCCGGUCGGUCGGCCAGUCAGUCAGUUGGUCUCCAGAACAACGCUGUCUCUAGUCUGGUGCACACAGGUACGCAAGCGCGUGAACACACCAGACGCCCCAUCACCGGGUGAAAAUCCAACAGAAAUUUGA